AAAUUAGAGAGCUUGCUUUCUCAGUCACAAGUCCAAAUUCAUAUCUCUCUUUCCCCUCAAAUGGCCUCCAAUAGCAGCUUCCCCAUUGUCGCUGCCAUUAUUGUAUCCCUUCUCGUGUGCCUUACGAACGCACAGCUUUCGCCAAACUUCUACACAAGAACAUGCCCCAACGUACAACGCAUUGUCCGCAAUGCGACGACGCAAGCUGUUAGGAGAGAGCCGAGGAUGGGUGCUUCAAUACUUCGCAUGUUCUUCCAUGAUUGUUUCGUAAAUGGAUGUGAUGCAUCGGUUCUUUUGGAUGACACCGCUACUUUCACCGGAGAAAAGACCGCUCGGCCGAACCAAAACUCUCUUAGGGGAUUCGAAGUCAUCGACACCAUUAAGUCCCGUGUCGAAGCUGCUUGCAAUGCUACCGUUUCUUGCGCGGACAUCCUUGCGCUCGCUGCUCGAGACGGCGUUGUCCAAUUGGGAGGACCAUCGUGGGCGGUGCCUCUAGGGCGGCGAGAUGCAAGGACCGCUAGCCUGAGCGGUGCCAACAGCCAAAUCCCAUCGCCUUUCUCCAGCCUCGCCACCCUCAUCUCCUCCUUCGCUGCCCAAGGCCUCAAUGCCCGUGACAUGACCGCCCUGUCGGGGGGCCAUGCUAUUGGCCUGGCCCGGUGUACCACCUUCCGGAACCGCAUCUACAAUGAGACCAACAUCGACGCCAGCUUCGCUACCACCCGAAGGACUAACUGCCCUGCCUCUGGAGGGGACGCCAACCUUGCUCCCCUCGACCGGACCCCGAACCGGUUUGACAACAACUACUACCAGAACCUCGUGGCACGGCGUGGGCUCCUCCAUUCGGAUCAAGAGCUGUUCAAUGGAGGAUCACAGGACGCACUCGUUAGGACUUACAGCAAUAACUAUAGGGCUUUCGCGAGUGAUUUUGCGGCUGCGAUGGUGAAGAUGGGUAACAUCAGCCCGCUCACCGGAAGAAAUGGAGAGAUCAGAAGGAACUGUAGGGUGGUGAACUAAGGUUGAAUGCCCUCCAAACAAAAAAGAAAGUUAUGGAAGCUGGAUUUAGCAAAUUGUUAUAAAUGUUUAAUGCAUGUCUAUCUUUGCAUAUUUCUUUUCCUGUUUUCAAUAAGAUUCAUGUUUAUGAAGGCCUUGGUCAAGAAAUUGACAAAGUUGUACUGCUUUGUUUCUGAAUAUAUGUAUUUAGACAUGAAAUCCUAAUGUUCUUUUCCCAACUCAAUGUCACUUGGUCUAUAUCUACUUGGAAAUCGAAAUAUGCUCUUUGGAAUUUAUGUA